UCACCAAUCGCCUUGCCGAUACUGGAGCCAAAAUAUGUGGUUGACAAUAUAAUGGAAGCGGUCUUAACCAACAAACCGUUUAUGGCACUUCCAAAGACGUGCUACUUCCUGAUGUUCUUGGCAAGCUUUAUGCCAGCGAAAACUGCUGAUCUUAUGCGUGAUUUGUUCGGUGUCAGCCAUACGAUGAAGAAUUUCAAAGGACGUACGAAUAAGACCGAAUAA